UUUUCAUGAAGCCCGCUGUCAGUGUGCGCUGUAAAACAAAAUGGAUAAUGUUUGAGAGCGGUGCUUUCGAGUGAAAAAAGUGAAAAAUAUUGUGCAAAAUCUUAGUUAUUUCAACGAAAAAAGUGGUUGUAACUGCUCUUCUGUGUAUAGUUGAGUUUUUUGCGGUAAAAUUUUUCUCGAAAAGGUGUAAUUAAAGAUUCCACGGUCGGAAAAGAGUAAUGUCUUGGCCAAACAGUUGGCAAGUACAACCGGGCUAUGCAGGAUACUCAACGGCGGCUCCGCCACCGACGAUGGGGCCAGCCGCUGUUGCUGCUAGUCCUGCAGGAUAUUCUACUAUGACACCGGAGCAAUACGCCCAAUGGCAACAGUGGCAGCAAUAUCAGCAGCAAUACGCCCAAUGGCAUGCCCAGUACGGCGAGCAGUACGCUCGUCAAAUGGGUAAACCGCUGCCGGCAGUGCCGGCUCCGAUGCCCUUACAACAUAUGGGUAUUGCCACCAAUGUUCCUCCGCCGGUCGCCGUGGCUACUCAGCCAGUCCCGGUACCGGUAAUGCCGCCGACCGUUGCUGUUCAAGCUGUAAUUCCUACUGCUGCUGUCAUGGCUCCGCCUAUGCCGACCAGCGUAGCACCUCCUCCACCGCCGGAACCUCACCCCGAUAGCAUCGCUGCCAAUGCUCCCGCUCCUCCACCACCGGAGGCGGAUGAUUCCGAACAGAAUCAGAAAACGGCCGAAGAGCUCGCCUUCGACGAGCAGUUCCGCAAGUGGGAGGAAGAGUUCAACAACUGGAAGCGCAAGAAUGCUAACCACCCGGACAAGAAUGCCUACCGGGAAUACGAAAAAAAGUUUGUUGAAUGUCGGAAAAAGCUACUGGAAAGGCGUGAGCAGUUGCGUAACAAGAGACUGGCGGAACAGGCAGCAUCUGCGCAAGCAUCCUCUCUAGGGGGCUACCAAUAUAACCAACCGCCGCCACCGCCACCACCGGAGGAAGAACCCGGAAUGGAUGUCGGAUUGUUUAAGAAUGCGCUGGGUGGAGGCGGCGCUAUCGGAGGUGGAAUCCCUGGUUUGGAUUUAAUCAACGAGGAUAAGUCGGUGAAACAAAACGACGAUGAAGUGAUGGAAGUCAUUAAUCUUGAUGAUGAAAAUGAAGAAAAACCCAAUGUGCAGGAGCUGAAUGAGAAACAAGACAUUGCGAAGCUACCUAAUGCUAAUCCGGUUAACGCUUUGGCAUCGUUGUUGAAGGAUCCCAAAGUGAGUGCAUUGUUGAACGUAAUUUCUGGAUCUAGCAAUGGUCAAGGCGUGAAUUUGGCAAGUCUCGGCAGUCAUGAACUGUUACAGCAAAUCCAGAGUGCAGCUGGAGCCGUCAUCAAUGCAAACCAAAAUGGCAAUUCUGGUCAAGCCUCGAUCAAUCAAGUCAAAAUGCGGGACCCCGGAGCUCACACUCCCUUAUCGGAUGAUCGAAGCCGUACGUCCUUCCAUGACGAUCGUCGGUCGGUUGUUUCAAUGGAUGACCGCAGUCGCGAUUUCGAUGAUUUCAAUCGAGGUCAACCACCGACAAAGCGCAAUUGCAAUGAGUACCACCAAGGUCCUCCACCAAAUCGUGGCAGUGGUUUCGGCUUCGACGCAAGUGUUCCACCUCCUCUACUGGACAUUGAUCUUAGCCGACCUCCACCUCAAUUUGGAUCUCAACCCGUAGCGAGGCCCAUCCGGUCGGAUCAGCCUUCUCCAGCCCUGAGCAGCUCUUCCUCUACCGGUCGGCAACGUCAACCCCGUCAGCAACGUCAGUGGGUUGGAGAUAACCGUGAUAUCAAACAGGAACCCAAUUUAGAUCGGGAACCAAUUAGAAAUGAUUUCAGAAAUCCCCCUCCGAUAAAGGAUGAACCGUUUAACGGUUUGAAUUGUCCUCCACCGGAUGAAAAUAUGGACUACUACGACGGUCAUCAGAACGAGCUGCAAAUUGAUCCUGAGCUCGGUACACCAUGUGCGGUUCCUAAGCCGGAAUGGAUGGAGGAAGAGGAGUAUGAAAAUAUUUACGACCGUUUCGAGCACAUCGAAGUAUUCGAGGAGCGUAAGUUCAAGAUGGAGCUAGCCAUCAAAAUGCUCAAGGAGAAGAAGGACAAGGAACGUGAAAUAGCCGCCUCCAAAAAUCAGCCGUCUAGGUUCGGAGAUAAUAGAAAUGCCAACAGCGGUGGUGGCGGCAGCCGUUGGCAGGGAGGAAUGCCAAAGCCCCUCAAAGAGGAACCAGGUCAAAAACGAGUAAAUCCAUUUGCAAACGAUGAUGACUACUUCCGCCCGAAGCAAGUGAUUGACUAUUCCAACGGGACGCCGCGGGUUUUCGAUUACGGCCACAGCAGCAGUGGUCCAGUUGCGAAAGAUGUCGACUCCAGGGUGGAUGAUAGGAACGACUGGCGCAGUGGUCCGAGUGGUGCAAAGGAUGUCGAUCUGCGAGGGAUGGGUGAUAGGAACGAUUGGCGUAGUGACAAUAACCGUGGCGAUCGAGACGAACGACAACCCUUCCACAGUGGAGCUCGUGGGGGCAGAGGACGUUUCUCAAACGAUGACUUCCAGCAGCCGCCGCCGCCGGCGCCACAGCGAUUCGACUACAACCACGCACCACCAUCGUUGGGAGCAAUUGAGGUGCCCCCGUUCAUGCCCGAUCGGCCGCCGCCAAAUUAUACCGUUAAUUCAACCAGCCGCUUAGCUGCUAUGCAUGACAACCCACAUCCUGACGAGAGUAAUCCUAACUAUCCAAGCAAAUUCAUCCUGAUGAAUGAUAAUCGCCCGAAUCGUCCCAGCACGAAACGUGGCAAGCGAGCUUCCUCUAUCCGGAAGCAGAAACUGCGGGAACAGCAGGACGAACCUUUCAAUAGCAGUGACCAUGGCGAUAUCGAUGAUAGGCAACUCAUUCCACCGGCAUUUGUCGGCAAUAGUGGACCAGUUGUUCAGCGUCCGAGUGACUAUGACCUGGACAUGAAACGUGGAUCUGAAGAGAGUGAAGAUAGCAAGUCUCCUUACUAUUUGACUCCAGGUCCAAUCGUAAAUAUCGAUGAUUUGCUGCUGCCGCCGGGUCGGUUUAGGAGAUCGCAGAGGAUUUGCUUCAUAAUGCGGGGAAUUCCUGGCAGUGGCAAAUCGUACCUUGCUCGCAUGAUCAAGGAUUGUGAGAUGAAGCAUGGCGGGCAAGCUCCGCGGGUUCUGAGUAUCGACGAUUACUUCCUGGUGGAGAAGGAGGAACGUGAACCUGAUCCGGUGACGGGGCGCCCGGUCCUGAUUACAAAGUCCGAGUACGAGUUCGACGCCGACAUGGAGGAGGAGUACAUGAAGAAUCUAAUUAAGGCAUUUAAACGCGCCAUCACCGAGAGGCUGUACAACUUUAUUAUCGUCGAUUGUGUGAACGAACGGCUGGAGCACUAUAAUGAAUUCCACAAUUUUGGCCGGAGCAAUGGAUUCAAGGUCUAUACCUGCACGCUACAAACCGAGCUGGACAUGUGCAUCGAACAGAACAUUCACAAACGUACCGUUGACGACAUUCGAGCGUAUGCCAAUCGAUGGGCCUUAUGUCCGAACGAUCAUGCACAAAUCAAUGCCAGUUCGCUGUUCAAUCCGGAAGAGACCGAACCACCGCAGCCUACCGAUAUGGAUCUCUGCACGGAAGAGGACGAUGAACACCUGCUGGGGCAGACCGCCGUCGUCGAUCAAGCACCGGUGGAAGAGGAAGCCAAGGAGGCACCGCAAGAUGUGGAAGACGAUUCUAAUAUCGAUGGUCCAGAGCUUGGAUUUUUCACCAGUAAAUGGGACGCCGAAGCAAGCGAGCAGAACCUAGCCCGCUUGGAUGGUAUCAGCAAACCGCCACGCCGUCCGCCGACGAUAGAGGACUUCCUGCAGCAGGAGGGAGACGACCUGGACGAUGCCAGGCCGAGCGGGUCAUCAUCCGGAAAGAAGCGCGUACGCUGGGCAGACAUCGAAGAGCGCAAGGCACAGCACAAGAUGCGUGAGAUGGGGUUCGUGGUUGGCGUUACUGAUUGGUCCCGCAUGAUGGAUCCAACUGGAGGCAGCAGAGCACUCACAAAAACCAAGUACAUUGCACGAGUGCGCCGAGACUGAGAUGCAACACACGACGGACCCUAAGCCGAGGUUGUACGCGCUCUGGUCCGGAAGCGAUCGCGCAUUGGCUUCGCUAGGUGAGUAGAGUAUAGAGAAGCAUCACUCGUGGUUUUUCUUACUAGGACAGCUUUGGAGGGCAAUUGAACUAUCUAGAAACCGUUAUGAUUCCUUUUCGAAUAAGACUAGAGGGCAAAAUUCAUUGAUACGCACGAGAUUUCCGAGAGUAUGAGAUUAUCCAUCUAGAUUAGGGCAAAUGUGAAGUAAUCCCGGAUUAACUGUAUCAUAUUCAAAUUACAAGACACACUUUGGAGUACUAUUGAAAAUUUAGACAUCCAUCUCUACUACAACAUUGUAGAUAAAAAAACAAUGAAAGUUCUUCAAAAAAGUUCAAGAUCUACUACUACAACAGUCAUACUCUAUAAGCGUAAAUGGAAUGUUCUGAUGGUAGACGCAACAGGGAGAGACGAUCGAGCAAACUUUUCCUACCCGCAGGAUGUAGGAAAACAUAACAUUUUAUGGUAAUUAUAGUACUGGUAUUAUCAAA